GCAGACGCCCUUCAUCGAUGGCCACUUCUGAAAGAAAUAACAAAAUUCUCCUUGAUUUGGUGCAACAGCCGGGUAACAACUUGUGUGCUGACUGUGGAGCUCCUGACCCUGACUGGGCUUCUUACACUCUCGGCGUCUUUGUGUGCCUGAACUGCUCGGGGAUGCAUCGUAAUCUGCCUGCAGUCAGCAAAGUGAAAUCCAUACGGCUGGAUCAUUGGGAAGAUUCACUUGUAGAGUUCAUGCAAGAGAAGGGAAAUUCUGCUGCCAAAGCUAUUUUUGAGAAGUGUGUCCCGGUCUUUUUCUACCAACCACAGCAGAAAGAUUGCGUCAUUCUUAAGGAUCAGUGGAUCCGUGCCAAGUACGAAAGACGGGAAUUCACAGGAGAAAACAUCUACUUUCAAAAAGUGUACAGUGCAGAACUGUUUGAGGCAACACUAUGGAAGAAAGGCAAAGACAGUAAGCAGUUCUUUAAAAGCACCUUCCUGCUCUCACAGAAAGACUUCACCCUCAGAUACUUCAUCAAAGAGGAUGUGAGCAGUUCUUCAGUCAUAAGACCGUUUAGUUUACAGCUGUAUAAGCAUUCUUCAGUUGACUCUGGCCAAAUACCUCUUUUUCUAAUCUUCCUCAAUCAUCUCAUUAAAACCAAGUCCAAGGUUCCCAAAGCUGUCAUCAACAUGAAGGAUCUGAAUGCAGUCUUCCAACCAGAGAAGAUCGGUCAUGCUACCGGUUUGCAGAUCUCCUAUGUGGACGAUGAACGCUCAAAGAACCUUUUUGUGUACCACGAGGACGGGAAGGUGAUUGUGUCUUUUUUCAAUGCUAUUCGGGCAACACGUUUGGCAUACCUCCUGAAGAAAAACCCCACUCUUCAAGAAAAAGACUUAAAACAUCAGCUAACAGCACAUUGCCUGAAGGAGGGAUACAUGGAGAAAACUGGUCCGACGCAACGGGAGCCAUUCAAGAAGCGCUGGUUCACGCUGUGCUCAAUGAACAGAAAGCUUCUAUACUUUAAAUCUCCACUGGAUGCUACAGAGCUGGGUGCUGUCUUCAUCGGCACAGAGAGCCACGGCUACUCUGUUUCAGAAACCAGCAGCCGCAACGCGAGGGGAAGCCGGUGGCACUGCGGGAUCUCACUGGAGACUCCGGAGAGGCAGUUUGUUUUUAUGUGUGAGCAGGAGCAGGAGCAGAGCGAGUGGAUAAUGGCUUUCAGAAAGGUCAUCUCUCAACCCAUGACACCAGAAGACUACUCUAAUGAGGCCAACCUGAGGAGAGGAAAAUGAAUCGUUUCCUUUUUUGCAAGGAAAUUAAAAUACCGUUUGGGGACAGAACAGACCUGAAGCUUUUCUCACAAAGACGCGCCCGAACCUGUCAGUGUGGCUAGAAACAUAAUUAGAGACAGGACCACAGACUGUCUGCAAUGUGGAGAAGCUACUGUCACCGUAGAGACUUUGUUUCUCUGUAAGAUCCACGCACAUUAAAAGCAAUGUCUCCUGAUUUUGAUGCACUUUUGUUGAAAUUAAUGUCAGCGUUCUUUUGUAAUACAUUAUAAAGUCACUGAAAACAGACAUUGUAUUUAUUAAAAUAAAGACUGAAAUGGC